UCCGCGGCGUCCCUCCCCCGGAUCGCCAUCUCGACCGUCCACUCCAUCCGCAUCGAACGGCAGGCACACGCCUCCGCCAACCUCUCGCCCCCUUUAAAACGCCCCUCGCCCCUCCCCGCAAAUCACAGCACCAGCAGCCACCACCGUUCCCCCGAUUCCACAUCCGCUCGCAGCUCGAGAUCGUCAGCCAUGUCCGGCCGCGGCAAGGGAGGCAAGGGGCUCGGCAAGGGCGGCGCCAAGCGCCACCGGAAGGUGCUGCGCGACAACAUCCAGGGCAUCACCAAGCCGGCGAUCCGGCGGCUGGCGCGGCGGGGCGGCGUGAAGCGCAUCUCGGGGCUCAUCUACGAGGAGACCCGCGGCGUGCUCAAGAUCUUCCUCGAGAACGUCAUCCGCGACGCCGUCACCUACACCGAGCACGCCCGCCGCAAGACCGUCACGGCCAUGGACGUCGUCUACGCGCUCAAGCGCCAGGGCCGCACCCUCUACGGCUUCGGCGGCUAGGGCCGUCCGACGGUCGUCGGUCUUUGUCGCCGCCUGCAGAUUCCAAAAGCUUGAUGGAACCCCGACUUGUUUAGCUCGCUGUUUACUCUGGCUCUGUAGUUCGAACUGAAUCGUGGAACAAAGUUAUUCGCAUGUGUUUGUUGGAAAUGAAAUUUGUCUCUGUCAGCA